UGCUAAUGAGCGGAGCAGCCCGGAGGAACUUCAUUCCCCGUCUCCGUGUCAGGAUCGCAGAAAUUAUGCCCCUUCUGUCACCAUGAACUGGCUCUCCAGUUCCCAGGGAGUUGUCCUCACUGCCUACCACCCCAGCGGCAAGGACCAGGCCGUGGUGGGGGACCAUGGCAAGGGAGGGGAGGAAGCCACCGCAAGCCGCAAAUAUGGUCAGUACACCAUGAACCAGGAAAUCACCAAAGUUCCCGAAAAACCGCCAUUUGACAGAUCAAGCUCUCAGGAUUCUUUGGAUGAACUAUCUAUGGAGCCCUAUUGGAUGGAAAUAGAAAAUAUCGAGAAAUCAAGUGAGAACAGACAAGCUCAAGAAGUGGUCGUUGUCAAAGAACCUGAUGAGGGAGAACUGGAAGAAGAGUGGCUUAAGGAGGCUGGUUUGUCCAAUCUCUUCGGAGAGUCUGCUGGAGAUUCCCAAGAAAGCAUGGUGUUUUUGUCAACACUGACCCGGACCCAAGCAGCUGCUGUUCAGAAACGAGUAGAGACAGUCUCCCAGACGUUGAGGAAAAAAAACAAACAGUACCAGAUUCCUGAUGUCAGAGACAUAUUUGCUCAACAGAGAGAGUCAAAAGAAAAAGUUCCAGAUGGCAUCAACUCACAGUCAGUCAGAACAAAUGAAAAUAAAUAUCAAGGAAAAGAUGACCAGGCAUCUAGCCUAGUUGUGGGUGAAAAAGAGCUGAUUCCCCUGGUUCCUGAAGAGGCACCUGCCUCUGAAACCAAUAUCAACCUGGAUGUAUCGUUUGCAGAGCAAGCCGUCAAUCAGAAAGAGAGCUCCAAGGAGAAGGCCCAGAAGAGCAAAGACUGUGAUGCUCCGUUAUCUAAUUUCAGAUGCCCAAAAGACAAAACAGGCAUCACCAGGAUUGGUGACCUAGCACCCCAGGACAUGAAGAAAGUUGGCCGUUUAGCCCUCAUUGAGCUGACUGCCCUCUAUGAUGUUUUGGGUAUUGAAUUGAAGCAACAAAGAGCUGUGAAAAUCAAAACAAAAGAUUCCGGCCUUUUUUGUAUUCCGUUGACAGUGUUGUUAGAACAAGAUCAGAGGAAAGUACCAGGAACUCGAAUACCCUUGAUAUUUCAAAAACUGAUUUCCCGAAUUGAAGAGGGAGGUUUGGAAACCGAAGGCCUCUUGAGAAUACCUGGAGCCGCUGGUAGAAUCAAGAAUCUUUGCCAAGAACUGGAAGCAAAGUUUUAUGAAGGGACUUUUAAUUGGGAAAGUGUCAAACAGCAUGAUGCCGCCAGCCUGCUGAAGCUCUUCAUCCGGGAGCUGCCCCAGCCGCUGCUCAGUGUAGAAUAUCUCAAAGCCUUUCAGGCCGUCCAGAAUCUUCCAACCAGGAAGCAACAACUACAGGCUUUGAACCUUCUUGUCAUCCUCCUGCCUGAUGCAAACAGAGACACACUUAAGGCCCUGCUUGAAUUUCUCCAAAGAGUAAUAGACAAUAGAGAGAAAAAUAAGAUGACAACCAUGAAUGUAGCCAUGGUCAUGGCCCCGAAUCUCUUCAUGUGUCACACACUGGGUUUGAAGUCCAACGAACAGCGAGAAUUUUUCAUGGCAGCUGGGACAGCUAAUAUCAUGCACUUAUUGAUUAAGUGUCAACAAGUUCUGUGGACAAUUCCCAAGUUUAUUGUCAACCAAGUGAGGAAGCAAAACAGUGAAAAUCAUAGAAAAGACAAAAAAGCCAUGAAGAAAUUGCUGAAGAAAAUGGCUUAUGACCGAGAGAAAUACGAAAAGCAAGAUAAGAAUACAAGCGAUGCUGACGUUCCUGAGGGAGUGAUUCGAGUGCAAGCUCCCCAUCUUUCGAAAGUUUCCAUGGCAAUACAGCUAACAGAAGAACUGAAAGCCAGUGAUGUACUUGCCAGGUUUCUCAGCCAAGAAAGUGGGAUUGCCCAGACUCUUAAGAAAGGAGAAGUUUUUUUGUAUGAAAUUGGAGGAAAUAUUGGAGAACGCUGCCUUGACGACGACACUUACAUGAAGGACUUGUAUCAGCUCAACCCCAAUGCUGGGUGGGUCAUCAAGUCUAAGCCGUCGUAGGAGACUGAAGCUGCAGAGAACCCUGAGGACCUCCCGAGGCUCCUUGCUGGAGCAAGAGAGCAAAUAAAAGAAACGGCAGGACUCUUCUAUUGUUCACAUGUACACAACUUAUGAAUAGUCACACUCUGAAGCCUUAAAAAGUUACAGAUUUGUGCUGCUGCCGGAAUUAUGUUCAUUAAUAAUACGAUGAGCAAACAAAAGAUCUCUAGAGUCAGAGGAAAAGGGGUUAAUUAGCUUGGCAGCUCUUAGACUCUGUAAAAGGUGCCCGGAUGUGACAGUUUGUUUUAUGUGAAAAUAUACUCUCUUCCUCUCACUUUUUUUUUCCCUAAAAUCAUAUACAUGGUAAUACGUGCUUCCUCUCCGUUUUCUCUUCCUCAUAUCUGCCUUUCCCCAACUAGAUUUGCUUUUUAACCGAAAAGAUCACAAAUACCAGGUAUUUGGCAAGUCGUGAAGACAAUGCAUCUUAAAAUAGACUGAAUUCAACAGUAUUCCUGUCACCAUCGAAUAUUAAUAUUCCUCCCUUUGAAUCAUUUGUUCAAACAAUAACAUCCCACUUCUCCCGCUGUAUCACAUGAAGUGAUUUGCAUUGUUUUCAGUUCAUCUGACAUAUGUGUGCAGAACCGUAUCUGCGAUUAAGCAAAUAAAACUGUCAGAAACCACCCAUUAUUACUGAACUCUUAAAUACUUAUAUAUUAAGAAUAAAUAAAAUAUAUCCAUGUGGAAUAACUGGAUUAUGGGUAACAAAAGAGUGAAAGCCAAAUCACUUCAUGUAUGCUGUAUUCUCCUAAGUGAAAUUUAUGAAGACUUAGCUGGCUUUACCUAUGGUCAUAUUAGUAUAAAUAUGCAUGAUAGUAUAAUCCGGUAAUGAUUAAGAAUGCAUUCUACUAAAAGAGGGAUUAUUUUUUCUUUUUAAUUCCUAAAGAAGGCUGCAGGAAGCAUUAUUUUUUUCUGGGUAUGACACAGUCAUAUGAACAAGUUUUUGUUUGUGUACUUUAGAUAAUCAGAGUAAAUUUAUUAAAAUGCUGUGGAAAGUACUAUUCCCAGGGAGUUUAAUGCACAAACCUUAUUGUGACAAGAGAUGAGCCUCUGAACCGUAAAUAAGAGAAAAGAAGUGAGAAAUGUUCAAUAUUUUAUGAGUUUAGCGUGUAGUAAAUAAAAGGUGAUGUAAAUGAGUGUUGCACACACUGUGUUUAUGAUACUUUUAGUAGUAUUUUAGGGAAAAUUA